UUUUUCUACCCUGGAUCAGCUAUCCAUUACCUCUCUGAUAAUUGGACACGGUCUCUCAGGCCUUCACCAUGUCCAAAUACUUCUCCCAGUUCAGCAGUGACCCUGUGAAACGGUCCAACAGCUCAAAGGAUGAUGCUCCACCUGCCCAGGUCGAUGGUGAGGAGGGUUCUCUCUACCAGGUCCGCCGUCAGGAGAAGCGCCAGAUCGGUGUUGUCUCAGCGACUUUCCUCAUCUUCAACCGCAUGGUUGGAACCGGUAUCUUUGCGACCCCCGGCACAAUCUUCUCUCUAUCCGGCAGUGUUGGACUCACGCUCUUUAUCUGGGUCGUUGGUAUGAUCAUUGCUGCUGCCGGUAUGGCUGUUUACCUCGAAUUCGGUACUGCGAUCCCCAGGAACGGUGGUGAGAAGAACUACCUCGAGUUCGUUUAUCGACGACCUAGAUUCCUGGCUACUGGUAUUUAUACUGGUUACGCUAUCUUGCUCGGUUGGGCAGGAUCGAACUCGGUUGUAUUCGGAGAGUAUAUUCUUCAUGCUGCCCAAGUUGAGGUCACCCGAUGGAAUCAGCGUGGUGUCGGACUUGCAUGCAUCACUACCGCGUUCAUUAUACACGGAACCGCACUUAAGUGGGGCCUAAGACUUCAAAACUUGCUGGGUGUCAUUAAGCUUGGUAUUCUUCUACUGAUCGUUGUUUCCGGCUGGGCUGCUUUGGGAGGUGCUCUCAAGAUCGACAAGCCCAACAACUUCACCAAUGCCUUCGAGGGUACCACCGGUAGCUCCUACGGAGUCGUCAUGGCCGUGAACAACGUUAUCUGGAGUUACAUCGGAUACAGCAACGCCAACUAUGCCCUCAGCGAGACCAAGAACCCGGUCCGCACACUCAAGCUUGCUGCCCCCAUUGGUCUGGCUGGUGUCGCCAUCCUCUAUAUGUUCGUCAACAUUGCCUACUUCGCUGCCGUACCGCUUGACGAGAUCCGUGAGGCAAAGCGCCUCGUUGCCGCAUCUUUCUUCCGCAACGUUUUCGGCGAGAGUGCUGAACGUGCCCUUUCGGUAUUCGUUGCCUUGUCUGCCUUCGGUAACGUCAUGAGCGUCAUUUUCUCCCAGGGACGUAUUGUGCAGGAGCUUGGUCGCGAGGGUAUUCUUCCCCUAUCAAGACUUUGGGCAAGCAACCGUCCAUUCAACGCACCCCUUGCUGGUCUCUUCGAGCACUGGCUAGUCUCCGUCAUCAUCAUGCUUGCACCUCCACCAGGUGAUGCGUACAACUUCAUUCUCAACAUCAUCACCUAUCCGUUGACCAUCAUCAACGUCUUCGUUGCAGGCGGUCUCGUCCACCUUUAUCUCAACCGCACAAAGUGGAACUGGCAGCCUCCGAUCAAAGCAACUCUUCCAGUCACCAUUUUCUUCCUUCUCUCCAACAUCUACCUCGUCAUUGCCCCUCUCAUCCCCCCGCAGGACGACAACAGCGUUUACGAGACCCUCCCGUACUAUCUUCACUGCAUUGUCGCCGUCGCUAUCCUUGCCGCAGGUGGUGUAUACUGGCUCGUCUGGGCAGUCGUCCUUCCCAAGAUCGGAGGAUACAGGCUGGAGAGGGAAACUGUCGUUGACGAGAUCGACGGCUGGGAGAGGAACGUGUUCAAGAAGGUACCCAAUGGCACGGUCAGCCGGCCGGAGGAGACUGCAUUUUAGACAAUCAGGCGAGGUUCAUUGAGAAAAGGUUUACCAGGAUACCACAACAUUGCUUAACUAUUAGUCGUUAUCAGAAUACCACGCUUUAAUAAUCCAUCCCUAUCGGUUGAUCCCUCAGUAUUGUGAUCAGAGAUAACGUCGGCAGAAUGUAGUUAAACAUGUGAACAGCUCGGCCCUUCGCAAUAUGAUUUAUAGAAUCCAGAAGCCGAAAAAUUCGUACGGAAGGUCAACAUCCUGGCUACAUGGAAUAUGGUGCACAGCACUACUCCGUACUUCAAUAAAAAAGAGAAGUCCGUCGGGAACUGUCGUGAAUGUUGAGCACAUCCAAAAUACUUCGUGAUUGAAUAAGUCUAUCAUGUAAGUCACAUGCAAAUCUCGUAUUGGUAUGGCAUUUUAUUUCACCAUCUGGACACGUAUUGGAUUUUGCCAUUUC